CAACAGAAUUUGUUCAUUCAUAGAGCUGAGUUGAUCAUCGAAUGUAGUCGUUUAAUCUCGACUUAUGAAUUUUUACUAUUGGACAAUAUUAUAUAAUACUUGUGAAUCAUUACUUUGUUUAUAAACAUGAUUAUGGACGGACUUGAUACGUUAUCCCAGGUCGCUUUGGCAGACCAAGUGAACACUAUAGCUCAGUUGUGUUUUGAUAUUGAUAACACACAAGGAGUUGGAGGAGGCCGUUUGCCUUCUAUGUCUGUGGAUGAUAAUCUUAACACACCAGUUACAAGCAACACUCAGGAUGUUACAUUUUUUAAUUGUGGAGAGCCUUGGGAAUCGGUUCCCAUUACUGCAACUGCAAACUUAAAGGCUGCUUUCCCAGACAAGCCAGAGGGAGCUAAUAGACAAGAAUCUGGAUUGGAACAACUUCAUCCACAACAUCAACAACAAGACGAACAACAGCAACAAUCACAAUUUACUCAUAGAAUACAGUACAAAGGAACUCUUGUCGCAUCAUCGGUAGCACCUGUAUCUACAAGCUCAGAUCAUCUUCUUCCACCAUCAAGUUCACAGCAGGUCUUUGCUCCACUGUCACCUCUUUUGAGCAUUUUGACGCAAGCUGCCCAGGUCCAUCAAGCACAACUUUCUUCACAUGUGCCACAAAUUCAACAACAACAGGAGUAUCCCGAUAUUGCUGAGUUGUCGCAAUAUCUUCAGCAACAACAACAACAGCAGCAACAACAGCAGCCUCGCUUUAGUCCCGCUCCAUCGACUUCUUCACAACACUCUUUAACUGGAUCACCACCACCGGAAAUGGGGAUUCGAGAAGCUAGCGACACAUAUUCUGCAGGAUUUGCAUCACCUGUUAGUUCAACACAGUCUACUCCAUGUUCUCCGGAACCCAACAUACCGGUUUGCGAACAAAUGCAAAUGUUGCAAGAAUCAUUGAAUCAGUAUACGAGCCCACCACCACCGUACUCACGCCCACCAUCAUACGAAAUGCAGAUAAAACAACCUCAAAUAUUGAGCUCUUGUUCACAACAACAUAGUGCACAUUCAAUGGCGAUGAGUUUCCCAACCGCCACGAUGUCCGUAUCAGUACCACAGAGCGUACCCCAAACUGUGUUACAUUUCUCUGACGAGUACAAUACAAAGGAUAUAAGUUUAACAAGUGACUUUAAAUGGACAGUAGAACAAGAACAAACUCAGUUACCGAACUUCACUGCAUUACAAGUGAAUAAUCCACAAGUUUCGGAAGCUGGGUUUCAACAUCAGGGACAGUUCCCUCUCAUCAAAACAGAGCCCGGUAUGUCUCCAGAGUACUUUAUACCAACUACGUCACAAGAAUACAGCUUACCUGGCACAUCAUCGAGCAUUGUACAAAAACAAACAUUACCGUCAGUGUUAAAUACACCUUAUCAACAAGGCACUCUUAAGCUUUUACCGGUUAAACCGAGAAAGUACCCAAACAGACCAAGCAAAACACCGCCACACGAAAGGCCAUACGCAUGUCCAGUUGAAGGUUGUGAUCGUCGUUUUUCUCGAAGUGAUGAACUUACACGACAUAUCAGAAUCCACACAGGUCAGAAACCGUUUCACUGCCGGAUCUGCAUGCGCUCAUUCAGCAGAAGUGAUCAUUUAACGACGCACGUGCGUACGCAUACUGGCGAAAAGCCCUUCUCAUGUGAUGUUUGUGGAAAGAAAUUCGCAAGAAGUGACGAAAAGAAAAGACAUGCUAAAGUACAUUUAAAACAAAAAAUGAAAAAAGAAGCUAAAACAUUAUCAUCAAGCGUGUCCUUGCCGUCAACAACUGGUGCUAUUUCAGACUUUCUACCAGCAUGCACUAGCGGGCCUGGUGCAAUAAACUUACCAACCAUAGUAACUACAACAAUGUCAAAUUUGUAAACAAGUUUAAACAUUUUUUCAUUGUCGUGUUUUACAUUUUUCAUGCUCAAAUAUUAUUAUUAUGAAUUUGUUACCAGAAAUAUAUCAGGGAAACUGGUAGAUUAUAUAUGUAUACAAAUACAAGUAGUGCUUAAAUUAUUAGACGCAUCGCUGGGGUCAACUUCUAACUUUUAGAGGUGAGGAGAAAGUAAAUUCUCAAAUUAUUUAUUUCUCUUUCAAAGCUGUUGUUGAAUUUCAAUUUGUGUACUUAUCAUAUAAGGCUUUAAUUGAUGUAAAAUUAGCUUUAACGUGUUAUCCCUGUGAAAAAAACGUCUGAGUUCAGACCCUCAAUUGUAAUCAAACAACUGAAGGAGGAUUUAUUUUUUGACAUCCAGCGAUGUGGUAUAUCAUUAUAUGUAGAACUUUCAAUAAUUCAAAUUUUGUUAAUUUUAUGUAAAUUUUGGCAGCAAUUUUUAUUUUUAUUAGUAAGUAGGGCCAUGAAAUCCCAAAUCAUAUAAUAUUUUCACCGGUGCUCUACUAACAAUAUUUUAGCACUUUUCUUCAUUUCAUGCUUUAACUUCUUUCUUUUGAGAUUAAUAGUGCUAUUUUUUAUACCUUAGAUCUGACUCCCCCUUUUUUCCCUGCUGAAUUUUCCCCUGAACACUUACAGUUGUGCCUUUGUUUACCAAACCUGUUCACUAAUAGGCCAGUCAAAGGGAGAUUACUCUAAAUGCCUAUUAAUUUACUUGCCUUUACCUCAUAUCUCAUUUAAUGAAAAUGGCGAAAGAAGAAAGAGGAAGAUUUUUUUUAUUAUUUUGAUGUUGUGUUAAGUUUUUGUUUUUGUUGUAUGAAAGUUUGUUGAAAUUGUUGUUGAAUUGCUGAAAUGUUAAAUUCUAUAUUUUCAAAUCUAUUUUUCAUGAUGUUGUCAUUUCAUCUUGUUAUUAUUACCUCUUGCUGGCAAAGAAUUUAAGAGUAUGGCAUAAUGUCACUGAAUGGCAAAUCUAGAGCGAAAUAAAAAUUGUAUAAAAAAUGAAA